AUGAGGCCAAUAUUUUGCGGCAACUUGGAUUUUGAUGCACGGCAAGGGGAUGUUGAGCGGCUUUUCAGGAGAUAUGGGAAAGUUGAGAGGGUGGAUGUUAAGUCUGGAUUUGCUUUUGUCUAUAUGGAUGAUGAACGAGAUGCUGAGUAUGCCAUUCGGAGACUUGACAGGACAGAAUUUGGUAGGAAGGGACGCCGACUUCGUAUUGAGUGGACCAAGCAUGAAAGAGGGAUUAGGAAACCUGUUGAUUCAAGAAGACCUUCAGCGAACACGAAGCCCUCGAAAACCUUGUUUGUUAUCAAUUUUGAUCCAAUCCAUACCAGGACAAGGGAUCUGGAGAGGCACUUUGAUCCAUACGGAAAAAUAGUGAACAUAAGGAUUAGAAGGAAUUUUGCAUUCAUUCAAUAUGAAUCACAGGAAGAUGCUACCAAAGCAUUGGAAGCAACAAAUUCAAGCAAGUUCAUGGACAGGGUUAUUUCCGUGGAAUAUGCUGUUCGUGAUGAUGAUGAUAGAAGAAAUGGACACAGUCCUGAUAGAAGGGGCCGUGACAUGUCUCCUGAAAGAAGAAGCAAUGAUCGUGGGCGAUCUCCAAGUCCAUACCGCAGGGAUAGGGCUAGCCCUGAUUAUGGCCAUGGCUCCCGUAUAAGUUCUAGAUCUGAUCCAAGAAGAAGUCCUGAUUAUGAUAGAGCUGAAAGCCCAAUCAAUGAUAGAUCCCGUCCUAGUUCUAGACCUGAACCAAGGAGGAGUCCCAGUUAUGAGAGGGCUGCUAGCCCAGUCAAUGAUAGAUCCCGUCCAAGUUCUAGACGUGAACCAAGAAGAAGUCCCAGUUAUGAGAGAGCUGCAAGCCCAGUCAAUGAUAGAUCCCGUCCAAGUUCUAAACCUGAACAAAGAAGAAGUCCCAGUUAUGAGAGAGCUGCAAGCCCAGUUAAUAAUAGAUACCGCAGCCCCAUUUUGAGUAACCUUUUUAUUGUUGAUAAUGCAGCCGUUCACCCCCACCGCGGGAAAGAUCCCGUUCCUGAGAACCAGCAGGAUGGAGCCUUGUUGUAG